AUGAACAUCACAGCUGCGAAAAGGAAACGGGCUUUGUUGCUGCAUUAUGCCGGCACCGACGUAGACGAAAUAUUCGACACCUUACCAAACACUGGCGAAGACGGCGACUAUGACACGGGCGGUCGCGAAACUUAACGAGUAUUUCUCCCCACAAGUCAACACCACAUAUGAAGUAUAUAAUUUUCGCCAGACGAAGCAGAAAGAGGGUGAGUCGCUUGAUAGUUUUCACACCAGGCUUUGCCAACUCGCGAAAACCUGCGAAUUCAGCGAUGUUGACAAAGAAAUUAAAGAACAUAUUAUUCUGACGUGCAGUUCCAGCUCGCUUAGACGCCGAGCGCUACGUGAAAACCCAACGUUAGAAGGUUUAUUGAAUCUAGGAAGAGCAUUAGAACUCAGUGACAAACAAGCGAAAGACAUAGAAGAUACCGGAGGCGAAUUCCAAGCCGUCAACAAAAUCAAACAAAAGAAGAGAAUCGGCAAAGCCACAAGACGAUACCGGGCGUGA